AUGGCCUCAACACAGUCUUGGGCCGCAUGGCUCCUUGACUCAUAUGCAUCAUCUGUCUCGCCGGUAAACAGCCACCAUGACGAGGAUACAGCUUCCGAAGCUACCACCUACACCACCUCCCCAACCCACAGUCCCAUGUCAUCAGUUUCAAAUUCGUCUGCAUAUGGACCUUAUGUACGGACGGGCCGAGGGGGAGCUGGUAACUUUACCUGGCAGGCAUCUGAUCUUGCAAAGUCCCAGGCUGUGGCAGAUGUGGAAGCUCAAAAGACUGGUUGCCAGCCUCCUUUAAGCGAACGGCGGAAAGCUGCUGCCACCUUGGAACAUAUAAAUACACACGAAGCAUUGCGGCUACGGCAAAGCUCAGCACAAUAUCUCCAUGCGGGCCGAGGAGGUGCGGGUAACUACCUUUCGAGCAACGAUGUCGCACAGGCAAAGCGCAGUCCCAGUCUACCGGUAUCUCUCGGAACUGUGAGACCCCCGAGCCCGACCACACCGUAUUCUGCCCAUCCCGGACGAGGAGGAGCUGGAAACUAUGCUGCUGCUGCAGAUAGCACUUCGCGGAAAGAGUCAGAAAAGGAACAAGAAGAAAGGAUAAAAGCUGAACAAAGGCGCGAACAGAUCGUGGUUGAGGUCGAUGGUAUGCUCCAACCUCCUCCAGGAGCUUGGCUGGGUGGCCGACGGAAGAGUGAGGUAAUGCACGAUGAGGAUUGA